GCGGCCCGAGGCCGGGCGGGGCGGCGGUCCCGCCAUGGCGCCGCCCGUGGGGUACGCGCUGCUGUGCGGGCAGGCCGCGCUGCUGCUCGGUAACCUCCUGCUGCUGCACGGCCGCGGCCUCCCAGGCAACGACACCGAGCCCCGCGACCCGCCGCCGGGGCCGCCCGCCUCCGCCUGGGCCUACACCGACCCGCGCGCGCCGCUCGUGCUGUGCACCUACCUCCCCGAGGAGUUCGUGGAGUGCGACGAGCCGGUGGAUCACGGCGGGAACGCCACGGCGCAGCAGGAGCUGGGGCACGGCUGCGUGAAGUUCGGCGGACAGGCCCACGGCGAGGUGGACCACACGCGGGUGCAGUGCCGGGCGCUGGACGGCAUCGAGUGCGCCGAGCCGCGGAGCUUCCUGCGGGGCAGCCGGCCCUGCGUCAAGUACACCGGGCACUACUUCAUCACCACGCUGCUCUACUCCUUCUUCCUGGGCUGCUUCGGUGUGGAUCGGUUCUGCCUGGGCCACACCGGCACGGCCGUGGGCAAGCUGCUGACCCUGGGGGGCCUGGGCAUCUGGUGGUUCGUGGAUCUGAUCCUGCUCAUCACCGGAGGGCUGAUGCCCAGCGAUGGCAGCAACUGGUGCACCGUGUACUGAGGGAGGGGUAGGGCUGGAGCCCUCCCUGGGCACCUCCCCUCGCUCCCAGCACAGCCCAGACUGCCUGGCACAACGUGGACUGACAGGGCUGGAACUCACCGUGCAGAGCAGUUAGUCUCGUUAAUGCCUCUGUACAAACCUUGGACACAAUGUUGGUCAGUGUAUAUUUUGCUUAUUUAAAAUAAUCUGGAUUCUCUCCCCCCCCACACACCCCCCACAGUGACAGCUUAAGAAAUCAGACCUUGCAAACAGAGGAGGUCAAACAAACCUUAAUAAAAUCUGGAAGGAGCUGA